UGGAUGCAAUCCCAGGGCACAAUGAGUGGAUCAUGCUCAUCUGACAGACCUGCUUUCUCCAACAACCCUGCGCACGCACGACCUGCUGCUCCUCUGUAAGUACUGCAGGUCACAGCAAUUACAACUUGUACAGUAGAUAAAAUGAAGAGUCAAGUGUCUCUGCUGGUUGAAAAGAUCAUCAGGACGCAUGAAUGAAAUAUAUUUCACGUUAUGGGGACAAGGAGAGAGAGAAUACAUUAUUGCUUUCGGAGGUUGCUGUCCUGGUGUAACUGUCAGAACAUAAUGGUGGCAUUUAAAGGGAUCUGGACCAAGGACUUCUGGAGGGCUGUGUCUGGAGAAUACCUAGCCACACUCAUCUUUGUCCUUCUUGGCCUGGGCUCCACCAUCAAAUGGGCUGCAGGGGAGGAGAAGUCUCCGCCAGCUGACCUAGUCCUUAUCUCCCUGUGCUUUGGCCUUACUAUUGCCACUAUGGUGCAAUGCUUUGGCCACAUCAGUGGUGGACACAUUAACCCUGCAGUCACUGCAGCUAUGGUUGUAACUAGAAAACUGAGCCUGGCAAAGGCUGUGUUCUAUGUGGCAGCUCAGUGCCUGGGAGCUAUUACAGGAGCUGGGAUUCUCUACUUAGUCACACCUACUGCUGUCAGAGGGUCCUUUGGUGUGACCACAGUGAAUCCCACCAUAUCCGUGGGACACGGCUUUCUUGUGGAGCUCCUGAUCACAUUUGAACUGGUUUUUACCGUCUUCGCCACCUGUGAUCCCAAACGCACAGACUUAGGUGGUUCUGCAAGCCUGGCUAUUGGUAUUGCUGUAGUGAUAGGGCACUUAUUUGCAAUCCCAUACACAGGAGCCAGCAUGAACCCUGCCCGUUCUUUUGGUCCUGCAAUGGUCACACUUAACUUCGAGAACCAUUGGGUCUACUGGGUGGGACCUAUUAUCGGAGGUAUCUUGGCUGCUGGUUUGUAUGAGUACCUGUACUGCCCCGACCCUGAGAUAAAGAAGAGGAUGAAACAAGUCUUCAAGAAGGACCCAACGGGGAAAUACAGGGAAGUGGAGGCAGGGGACAUUGCCGUCAAGCCCGGCUCCAUCCAUAACAUCAACGUGGAGAAAGCUGAUGUUAUGUUAACAGGAGAAGUAUGACUAUCACGUGCACUGGAAAUGGAGACUAAUUUGUAGAGCACAAUCACAAUUAAACUUUGGGGUUAUCCAACUUUAAGACUUGC